UUCAUUUUGUGAGGUACCUACAACGGUAGACCACUCUGCUCAUCAAUAUUUUAAAUAGAUAUAUAUUUUAUUUGAUAAAUUCCUCUUCGAAAAUUUGAUUUUUAUAUAAUAUUAAAAAACUCCAAAAAAUAUUCUGUUUUGGAAUAAGGAAUUAAAAAUAUAUUAAAUAUUUAGUAUUUUAGUCAUAACGCUAAAAUAUAAUAAAAAUCUAUUUGUAUAGAGAAACGUUGUUUUUAACGGCUUAGAAUUAUUUUAAAAAAUAUUUACGUAAAUAGUUUUUGAAAUAAUAAUUAAUAUAUGUGCUACGUUAAAUGGAUCAUCCAGUAAAUUAAUAUUACGAUGGUAUUAUAUAUUUUAUAUUAUAAUGUCAUAUAUUAUACACAACAUUCCAUGUAAUUAAUUUGUAUUAAACGUAUUUAAAAUGAAAACAAAAAAGACUUUCAUAUUGAAAUAAUAAAAAAAAUUCUUACACUUGUGAUUCGCAUCGCAUACCUAUACUUCUGAUCUCUGUAGUCUAUCUAAUAAGUAUAACAAUAAUAGAGUAAGCGAGUACUUCCGUGCUUAUUUAUACUUAAAGAUGUCGCGUAUAGGAACAUAAUAUAACGAUGAUUAAUUUUUUAUCGACCAAGUAUGUUGUAGAUACGCUUGAAAUGAUGAGAUUGAGGCUGUUGUCUAAUAAGAACCUAAAUUAACAAAAAAUUACAAAUUUAAGUCUUGUAUACUAGCCCGGGUAUUUUCAGAUAAUAAAAUUAUUUCUUAUGAGAUAAGAUGGUUGAGUAUAAAAUAAUGUGACAACCAAUUUUUUGUUAUUAUUGGGAAUUGCUGAAUACUGAGUGGGUAAUAUUCAGAUGUUUUUCAAAAGUAAAACAAAAUUAUAUUUAAUGUGAAUUUUAUAAUUUCUUCAUAUUAUUUAUUUAUUUGCUUUUGUUUCCCUUAAAUUUUGAAAUUAAAAUUAUUAUUUUGAAUCGAAUAUUUUUACGCGUUAUUAUUGCCGUAUCAAUUUUUUGGAAAGUACUAUCUUAUAUAUAAAAAUCUCAUGUCACUGUGUUUGUCCGGGAUGAACUCCGAAACUACUGAACCGAUCUUAAUGAAAUUGUUUACACCGUGUUAUGAUAGUUUUUAUCUCGAUUAAGACCCUCAAUAUUUUUGCAAUACGCGGGCAACGCCGUGUCGGGAGUCGGGACAGCUAGUAUUUUAUAUUUAGAAUAGGUUUUGUGAACGACCCAUAUUAUACCAUUAUAUAUAUUUCAUUGUUUAACACAGUAAAUUAUAGUUUAUUGAAAUUGGAAAAAAAAAUAGAGUUAAGCACCGACCAGAACCAUUUGUUAUAAGUUAUUAUACAUUCUAUAAAGAGCUUUUCAUUGGCGUAUGAGGUGUUUACGAUAGGUAUGUAUCUAAGUGAUUUAUUGACUCUUGUGUAUGUGUGUAUACUUCGUGAAAGUAGGUACGGUGGAUCACGAGAAGGUGUCGGUAGUCUUCACUCACAUGAUAUUAUAUAGACUUAAAAAAAAUGUGUGAUAAUUUUAAAAGUAAUUGUAGAUCAAGAUUAAUAGAUGAUUCUGCCGAUUUAAAACCAUUGGAUUUGUCGAUAAGGAGUGCUUUGACGUCGCGUCAUGUCAAGUCAAAAAAACCAUACAAAUUGUUUUGUGAGGUUUGCGCGAAGGGUUUUGAUCGGCCGUCGCUUUUAAAAAGGCACGUAAGAACCCAUACAGGAGAACGUCCUCACGCUUGCGCCCAGUGCGACAAAGCGUUUUCCACGUCCAGCGCAUUGAACACACAUAAACGCAUACAUAGCGGCGAGCGGCCACACGCAUGUCCAAUUUGCGGCAAAACGUUUACAGCCAGUUCGAACCUGUACUACCAUAGAAUGACACAUUCCAAAGUAAAACCACAUAAAUGUAAUGCAUGCGACAAGUCUUACCCAACUCCGGGGAACUUGCGUGCCCACAUGUCAUCACAUUCUGGUGAAUGGACGUACAAUUGCAAAACUUGUGGCCGAGGUUUUGGAAAAAAAAUCAACGUGGAAAGGCAUGCCAAGACAUGCCACAGAUAA